UCGGCUAUUUUCGUUGUUGCUGGCUUUUUUAGGGGCUGCUCGCUCGCAGCCAGAGAAGCUGCUUUUUUUUCCGGGUUCGGAGCCGUUCCGGAUGCUUUAGGCUGCCGGAUGUCUGAUCUCCGGAUAACUGAGGCGUUUCUGUACAUGGAUUAUCUGUGUUUUAGAGCACUCUGCUGCAAGGGACCACCGCCUGCAAGACCUGAAUAUGACCUGGUUUGCAUAGGCCUCACGGGCUCUGGCAAGACCAGUCUGUUGUCAAAGCUCUGCAGUGAAAGCGCCGAGAACGUCGUGUCGACCACAGGUUUUAGUAUAAAAGCAGUGCCAUUCCAGAAUGCCAUCUUGAAUGUAAAGGAACUUGGAGGGGCUGAUAAUAUCCGAAAAUAUUGGAGUCGCUACUACCAAGGAUCUCAAGGGGUAAUAUUUGUAUUAGACAGUGCCUCUUCAGAAGAUGAUUUAGAAACUGCUAGAAAUGAACUGCACUCAGCUCUUCAGCACCCACAGUUAUGCACUUUACCCUUUUUAAUAUUGGCCAAUCAUCAAGACAAGCCAGCUGCUCGAUCAGUCCAAGAGGUCAAAAAAUAUUUUGAACUUGAACCCCUUGCACGUGGGAAACGCUGGAUUCUGCAGCCCUGCUCACUGGACGACAUGGAGGCACUGAAAGACAGCUUCUCUCAACUGAUAAAUUUGUUAGAAGAGAAAGACCAUGAAGCUGUAAGAAUGUGAAAUCUGGCAAAGAACACGGGUUCCCAAAGGCCUUGAACCUAUCAUGUUAGUUUCUCAUUUUAAUUUUAUUUUGGUAUCAAGACUUUUGUGGCUUCAGUGUCUCUUUUCCUCUAGUUAUCUCCCGACUCUCAUCUCUCUAUUAAAGUGAAUAUUCUGUAAAUCGGGUGAAUCAUCAUCGGCAUUAACGUCAAGUACACACUACUGAGAGAGAAUUUAUUCUCUGUUUACCACUAAUUAUCUUCGCCGCAUGUCUCUUCCUUCUGUUGUUCUAAGCAGCUCUUCUGUACUCUGUGUUAAAAUGGAUGGAAUUCGUGGCUCACAGAAAUCAAAUCCCUUACGAAGGACUCAGGGAGACUCAGAACCUUGACUCCUUUUCCCUGGGUUUGGGGGUGGAGCGUGAAACGACUGGGGCUCCUCAUUUUAUGUCUAUUGUUUCCAAGAUCUCUUGGGGUGUUUAUUUUAUUUUAUCAUAUUUUAUUCUUGAGUUUUUUUGUAUAUGGGCCUCAUAGAUUAUGAGAAAAAAAUGAGCACCAAAAACUUCAAUGAAUCACCUUAUCAGAGAGGAAUAUCCUACCAAGAUAAAAUUAACGUGGAAGAACUUUAAAGACAAGAUCCAGAAUUUCCUUGAUUCCAUCUGAAGUCUCACUCCCCUGUCUUAAGAGCAGAAACUUUCCGCUUUUGAGACGAGCGAGAAUGUAGGCACAAUGCGGGUGUGCCUCACUGAUGACUAUUUCAUCGAGUCCUCCAAUAUUUUUUUAAUGGAAAGAGUCCCCUGCAUAAAGUCAAGCUGCAACAUGACAGAGGUAUCUUUCUCUAAAAAUCUUAAAAGUGUCUGAUUGAAAGAGAGAAGAUAAUUUUUUAAAUAAUAGAUAAAAAUUUUAAAAAGAGCCAAAUGAAGUAUAGUUUAUACUGGCUAGGGUUUAAGCUGGCAUGGAUUUGACAAAGAAAACAAAGACAAAAUCAUCUGGAUAUUCAUUCAUUAAGUGCUAAUGGAGUCGCUGAUUGUCUCCGACGAGUAAUUAAAGGUCUGUCAGUAUUCCUAUUAUAAACCUCUAUUUUCAGGGGUUUCAGUGUGCCCUUAAAAAAAAAAAUGUGCUGGGGCUGCAGCAAAUCAUUUUAGGGCCUAGAUUCAGUCUUUGGAACUCUUUUUUUUAUUUUCCAUUUAAUUUAAAUGAUAAAAUUAUGUAGAGAUUAAUGUGCAGUUUUACUAAGGUUUGGCACCUUUGACCUUUUUUAAAUCAAGAAUAAUCUAUAGAUAUUGAAGUUUAUGGAUGUAAUCCUCUUUGGCACAUUUUGUAGAUUUUUGACCGCUUCAAACACAAAAUGGCCAAAGGUUAGAAAACUCCUUUCACCUGAGCAAUAAAAACAUGUUUGUAAUUUUUAGGUAGCACAGACUGGUUCUCAGAUACCACAGACUCGCACUGUAUUACACGGUGAUGUAAUACCUUGUAAUUCUCCAGAAGAUAUACAUCAUUCAGAUAUAGCUUUUGUGGUUUCAUCUUGUAGGUGGAUUUUAAUGAAAUCAUUACCUUUGAAACAUCGACCACUUCUUUAAGCUUCCCCCGCCCCCGAUGGAAUGGAUCCAAAAAGAUUCGUAUUCAAUCUUGUCUCCAGUGUCCUUGAAUAUUUUUCACUGCGUAAUCCGUGAGCAGCACAAAACUUUUAUUCCGAUGACCAGUUACACAGUCCCUGCUUGCAUUUUUGUUUUGCUGUGCUCAUCUUCUGUGAAAAAUAAAUGAUUCUUAGGCAUUGCUUUCUCUGCAAGUUCAUUAAAUGGAGAAUGUUGUCUUUUUAAGAUACUGUGGCUGAGUGCUCCUAGGCCAUCUGUUAAAUGACUUCCCGUUGUCUGUGUGUGUGUGUGUUCAUGUGUGCGCCAGUGAUGGGCUUCUUCUCAGACCCACGACUGUCUGCAGUGUCUCAGCCGUCAGAAUGAAAACAUUAUCAAUCAGUACCCAACAACAGCUGUUUUUGACAAGUUUCUGUCUGACGCCUAAUGCUUUACAACUGUCAAUAAGGCUCCUUCUUUGUCUGGCAGUUCGGAGCUCGCAGUCUUGCUGCUUCCUAGCGAGCAGCAUCCUGUCCUUGUAACCCUAGUUUUGGAAAUCCACUUGGGGGGGGGCGGGGAGGGGGCUUGGAUGGGCCAGUGUGGGUGGGUGGCGGGUGGGUGGUGUGUGUGUACCGCUCUUCCUACUUCCAUGUAAAGUGCCACAGGUGUCUUAGUUUGCAUAUUCAAAUAUUAUGUAGGAAAAACAGUCUGUUAUGUAUUUCUCCACUUAGUUUCUUGUUAUAUUUAUGGAAGUUACCCAUUUUGUACCUUCUUAGCUAAAGCAGUUGCCUUUUUGUAAUGGCAAUUAAUUUAUAUGACAAAACUUUGUACCUACUGUAGUUUAUAGUUAUUGGUUGCUAAUUAACUGCCAUCUUGCCCUGUCUUUCUAUUAAAAAAAAAAAAAUCUGUAUCUAUACUUAAAGGGUAACAGAUUUAUGUGGACAAUUGCCAGACAAGAAGAACUUGUAUUGUCCGUGAUUUAUAUAUGAUUUCCCUAUCUUCAAAUGAAAAUAAACGCUGAGUAGAAUUGA